UUUAAUUCUUUAAAACUGACUUAAUUGCUUUCUUGUCUUCUCCUUGGGAAGAUGAGAAUGCAUACAGUUUUUAGUGAGCCAUUCUAUGUUGGCUCAAAGAAGAAGAGGUCCUUGACAAGAAUAGGCACCAAACUUUAAUCCUAGCACUUGGGGAUACCAGUUUGAGGUCAGUCAGAGCUGCAUUUGUCUUCAGAAGAAAAAAAAAGUCAUUUGUAAGAUGUUUGGACUCCUUUUUUGUUUUGAGACAGUCUCAUUGGGCUCAAGCUGGCCUUAAACUCAAGUGUAUAGCGAAAGAUGACUUUGAACGUCUGGUCUUUCUGCUUCCACCUGUGUGUUGGGAUUGCAGUGGUGGGCCACUAUAUUUUGUGCUUAGAAUUGAACCUGGGGCUUUGUGCAUGCUGGACAAACACUCUACUGAGUCACAUCCCUAGCUAGCUGCCCUCCAAAAAGUACAACUAAUCAAUAACUGAAGAGUUAGUAUUUGUUCUUUUUAAGAUCCAGUACAAUUGAAACAUUUCUCUUUAAAAUUAUUGAAAAUACAAAAGAAAGUUUGUGUGUGUGGUGUGGCCUCUCUCUGCCCACAAAGGCAGGAAGAGUGCAUUGGAUUCCCUAUAGUUACAGACCUUAUGUGGGUCCUGGGAACUGAACGUGGUCUUCUGAAAGAAAUGCAUGUUUCUUUUAACUCAUGAGCCAUUUCCCUAUUCUGAAAAAUUUAUUACUUCCCCAAUUUUUUCAUACCAUGUUAUUUAUGUGUAUAGUUGUGUGUGAUGUGCAAGUGUGGAGGGAGAUCCAAUAACAACUUUUGGAUGGCAUAGUUUUUGUCCUACCCUGUUUGUGAUCUCAGGUUGUUAAGUUUGACAGGAAUCAACUUUUCCCACUAGCCUCCUUCUUGGCCCCAGGAAUUGACAACUUCUAAUAACUUAUAGCCUUAAAUUUUUAAGCACGUCUUACUAUGUAGCUCAAGCUGGCUUGGAAUUUCUGGAUGCAUUUUUGGAGUCCUAGGGUUAGAGGCAGCUACCACCAUCUGUAGAUGGUUAGAAGUCUAACAAUCAUGGCAGAGAAGCUUGGUAGCAGGGACGCAUGGCAACCACUAGAGAGCUUGAGGGCUUACAAUUUGAGCUACAAACAGGAAACAGUGAACAGAGGUUGAGGCUUUUACUUCUCAAAGCUGGCCCCUGGUGACAUGCUUCCUCUAAUCAAACCACACCUCUCUAGCCUCCCCAGAUAGCCAGUUGGAGCCAAGUUCUCAAAUGCCUGAGACUUGGGGCACAGUUCUCAUUUAGGCCACCAUAGAAUACAAGGGUGCUUUAUUUUAGUAAUAUGCUGUAUUUGAAUGUAAUAUUUUUACUUGGCAUGAGUUGAGUUGAUUUUGAUACAGUUCAAUUACAACAUUGGCUGGCCUGAUUCACGAUCUCUUCCUUUGAGUAACUGUCUGCAGGAAGGUGAUCUGUUAUAAUCUGUGUUGCUACUAUUGUCAGUACAGGAAGAGUGGCUCCACUGUAAUACAACAUUACUGUAUUGGUCAUAUAAGUCAAGAGAUACUUUUUUUGGUGUAUAAGUCAAGAGAUACAAGCUUUUGGUGAGCUUCAAACAUGGAGGUGACUGCAUUCUUAGUGAAAGGAAACAUGGAAUUGAAGAUAGAAAUGUGGCAGCUGCGAGUACAGAUUUGCUCCACGAGUCUUUGAAGAAAUCCUGAAGAAGUGCGAGCCUUGAGUAUCUCUGAGAGAAAUCUCCAAAGAGGAUGAAGUAUUGAGUUUUGUGUCCCCAGGCUUUGAAGGCACUUGAUCCCCACUCUGCCCCUUGUUUACCGAGCUGUUGUCUUGUCCGUGGAUGUUGAUUUUCAAGGCUAUGAUGGAACUUUGGCAUACCCCAGUGGACUGGAGAGAAAGUGCCUGCAGUUUAACAGCUUCAUGCUCUUGAAUUGCAUUGGAUUGGGGUUGGUUUCUACUGCUCAGAGGCUCACAGUUACGUAUCUAUAAUCUUGUAGUCAUUGUAAUUGUAUUUCUGAGCGAUCUGAUCCCAUCAUCUGACAUGGGCUGCUGCAGGCACUUGGUACAGUACACAUAAACAAAAUAUUAAAAAAUGUAACAGGAGCUUGGACAGUUAUACCAGUUGGCUAUUCCACUGAAGAAAAUCUUUCCCCGGUAACUCUUUAAUUGCCCGUGUAUGAAUCUUCAGGGAAAGACAACAUCAUGAGCUGCUUCUUCAGAGACAAAAUAUUGUUAGGCCCAAUCUUGCCCUGGUUAUUAGGGAGUAUCACUGCUCUACAGGCAGGUGGGAGAAUUGGGCCUAUAAAUGAGGCCAACUAAAGUCUCAUAUGAUAACCAACUUGAUUCAGAGGCCCAGACAAUUUACUAUGAGGCUUAAGAGAAGUCACAUGAGUAAAGUUCUUGACAGUUAUGCUAUAUACAACCACAAGUAUGGGAUUCACAUGGCCAAAACAUUGUUCCAUAAAUGUACCAACAUUUAAUUGAAUAACAGACAUAUAACAUAACAAGCAUAAUGAGUAAUCUGAAGUAAACGCACCUGUUUGUUACACCUGGGAGGAGGAUGGAAAUACAUGGUAAAAACAAUUCUGUGUUUUGAAGAAACAGGUCUUAGACUCGUUUUCUUGGAGAAUUCCCAGGAGCACUCAGAAUUCUCACCGACUUCAUUCCUUACUAUUCUGACAGGCGGCGUCCUCCAGCUGCGUCCAUUAGGGAUAGGCUCCGAGUUCCGGCCCGGGAAGCUUGAGGGUCGGGACCUGUCGAGUGGGAGGCGGCGAGCGGUUCCGCGAAGAAGCUGCUCUGCGGUAGUCCGUCGCUUCCGGAGAGUUUCCCCGGCCGCCUAGCGCCGUGCAAUGCCGCGGGAUGGUACCAACGAACAGUGUUUUCUUGGACUUGCUUCAGCAAUGUCUUUCAUUCUGAAUAUAUUAAGAAACGUGCUGGCAUAUUUUGGCGUCCCCGUAGACCAGGAUUUGCUGAUUUGUCAAAAUAAAAACCAUGGGUCAUCUCGGAGUAUUGUUCGUACUAUUGGGAGAAUGCUUCCUUUAGAGCCUUGUAGAAGACCUCGUUUUGAGUCGAUCCCGUACAUGAACUCUGAGGAAUCUGAUGAUUAUGAACUUACAGUUCCGUCUUUUGCUGAUGUUUUGUGUGUGGCAAGUGAUGAAGAAGCCAGUUGUCUCAGAUACCGACAAAGUAUAUGGGAAAAGGAGGAGGAAGGAAAAAUUGCUCUUUUUCAUCCUUCAAAACUAAUUUGGGAUCUGUCAUCUCCUGCUCUAAGACAGAACAAAACAGAGACAGCUGAUCUGCCUGUAAGUGCAGCUGCCAUUAAAAAGAUAGCUGCCCUUGAAGAUGAGCUGACUUUCCUCCGGUCUCAGAUUGCUGCGAUUGUGGCAAUGCAGAGCCUGAGAGAGAACAGAGAGACUGGCUUCAUCAACUUGAGUGACAGACCUAGCAUGGAGCAAGUGCCACCAUCAUCAGCGGCCACUGAGCUGAGUGCAGAACCGGACCACGUUCCAGUUGUGGUGCUUUCUUCUCCUCCUUCUCCUCCUCCUCCUCCUCUUCCUCCUCCUCCUCCCCCACCUCUUCCUCCUCAGUUUUCUCUGAAGCCUCCAAGUUCUCUUCCCAUGCAACCUGGAUCUGCUAAUACACAUAACAUAGACAGUCUGGCUACUGAAGUGGAAAGGCAGCUUCCAGGAGUUAAGAAGAGCAAUGACAGCCAUCAUUCAAAAAGCCAGAGAGUUGGUGAUGUCCCAAAUAUGUUGGAUGUUCUAAAGGACUUGAAUAAGGUCAAACUUCGGCCUGUUGAAAGGUCACCAGGUGGUAGACCCAUUCAGAAGAGGAAAAGACAGGGUUCAGAAUGGGAUCCAGUGUCUUUAAUAUCUAAUGCACUGAAACAGAAGUUUGCAUUUCAAGAUGAUUCCUUUGACAAAGAAAAUAGUUCCUGGGAGUGUUCUCCGUUUUCUAGUCCUGAGACUUCAAGGUUUUGACAUCACAUUUCUCCAACAGAAAGUCAGCGACCUCAGGGAAGGACUGAUAGUAUAAAAGCAGUUAUCCAGAGUAUCAGAAGCAAAAGCAAAAUACUUGGAAGGACGGGUCCAGACGUGCCAUGUGGUAUCCUUCACUGCCUGUCAGAGAAUUACCACCUCUGUUAGGGUGAUCAAGCUGUACUCUGGGAGCCAACUCCGCCCAGCCUGAGGAAGACACUUAAGAAUACUGUCCCUGCUUUUGGAAGGUGUGGCAUUUAACUGGCUGCUGAAGAGAGUUGGGUGUAUAGAUUCCCUACUUUAUGUGAGUGCUACUGAAAAUGAAGUACAUGGUUCAGUGAGUUUCCUAAAAUUAGGCUUCCUACUGAGGCUCCCUUCAGUCUUGAGAGUUGCUGUGACACAUCUUAUUUGGCCGUCAGCAACUUGUAGAUUUGUAGUGAGCAGAAGAUGACUGUUUUUCAUUUAGAUAGUCACAGUUAUGAAAACACAGAACACCUGAGAAACUGAAGGGGAAAAAAGACAGUCAUAAUUUUAGUCAUGUCGGGCUGAACUUUCUACUGCAAGUAGAAGUAGACCCUUGAUAAAUUCCAUCCUCACUGGCUUUGUACACACAGACAGCUGGUGUGUUCCCUUUGUUUUCUAUUAUGUUUGCAUAUGUAUAUAUAUUUUUUGUAAGUAGAUUUUGUAAUAAAUGGAUUUUUUGACCUUG